AUAUGCGACAUUAGGCCUUUAUUUAAGUACCACCUGCAAGUUGAAAAUAGCUGUGUCUUAAAAAUUCAGGCACAUUUUUAUUUUUUUUGUGCCUUUUUGAGGCAACUACUUUUUGAUGAUUGCUUAACAACAUUUAUUAUCGGUCAAUCCUGGAUUAUAUUAUAGAGAUGGUAACAGUAUAGAAGGAUAGAUGAAAUAAUCAAAAUACUUGGAUCACCUAUGUGUAAUAGAGGGGUAAAUGUUCAAUGCAGUAUCCAUUUCGAAAUUGGUAGUAUAUAGUAAGCAGGGUCUUUUUUAAUUGGACAGGAAAUAUGCUCUGGAGCACUGUCCUGGAAAAGCUUUGAGAACUCUUGCACCUUUCUGGCCCUUGAUACUACUACUGUCCCAACAUGUACCUGGAUGAUUAACGUUCUCCAUUUUAACUUAUCUAUAAUUCUUCGCUUCUGUGUAAAUUCCUUGGGAAUAUGUUUUUUUUUACAUCUUUUGUUCGAGUUGAUAACCCAUAGACCCACACAGACCAGUGUAAUUGCACCUUUCUUGUUCCUUUCCCUUAACUCUCUGGGGCGUCCUCUCCUCCCAAACAUUAUAUUCAGCACCCAGUUAUAAACGGUAUAAAUAAUGAAUACUACAGCAUUCAGGGCAGUAUUAAUGCGGCUACAAUAUUGCAUGGUCAGAAUGCUACAUUGAAACACAACAGUACUCAGUACCAUGGAUUGACAUUGACGACAAAUCGUUACGUGAGCCGCAGGGUCACUUGGUGAUGUUGUGGGAAGGGAGGCGCCUGUGGGGAAGGAGGUGCCCAUUUAAACUGGUGCCAUCCGCCUGUCGGGCGGCGGUACGGUACUCUGCACUUGUUAUUCUUCCAGCCCACGUACCUUACGCACCGGUCACGCAGCCGCGCCGAGGACCAGCCCCAGCUGAAGACUCCGGCAGGUUCCUAAAUCCUUGGGAGAUUCUCCUUUCCCUGUCUGUCUCCCUGUCUCUCUCACUACCUGCCGACCGUGUGUGGUGAACAGAUCCUCCCAGGCAUGUCCACCCGAGUGGCUCACCCUCAGGACCCCCACAAGCCGACAGAAAAGCCAGCCAUCCACUGUUUCAAAUGUGGAGACCCAUGUAAAGGACAAGUACUACGUGUCCAGUCAAGACAUUUCCACCUCCAAUGCUUCACUUGCAAAGUUUGUGGCUGUGACUUGGCCAAAGGUGGAUUUUUCAUGAAGAACAGUGAUUACCUUUGCACCUUGGACUACCAGCGACUGUAUGGAACUCGUUGCCAGGGCUGCAGAGAGUUUGUGGAGGGAGAAGUAGUCACAGCAUUGGGAAAGACCUAUCAUCCCAAAUGCUUUGUUUGCUCCAUAUGCAAACGCCCGUUCCCAGCAGGGGACCGUGUGACUUUCAAUGGAAAGGAUUGUCUGUGUGAGCACUGUGCCCAACCAAAGUCAUCGAGUCCCAAAGAAAUUGUCAGUAGCAGCAAUUGUGCAGGCUGUGGCAGAGACAUUAAAAAUGGACAAGCUCUACUGGCUCUUGAGAGACAGUGGCACCUGGGUUGUUUCAAGUGUAAGGCCUGUGGGAAUGUUCUUACUGGGGAGUACAUCAGCAAGGAUGGUGCACCCUAUUGUGAAAAGGAUUAUCAGAGUCUAUUUGGUGUGAAAUGCGAAGACUGUGACAAAUUCAUCACUGGAAAGGUCUUGGAGGCAGGUGACAAACAUUAUCAUCCGAGUUGUGCACGAUGCAGCAAAUGCAACCAGAUGUUUACAGAAGGGGAAGAAAUGUACCUGCAAGGUUCCACGGUUUGGCAUCCCGACUGUAAGAAGUCUACCAGGGCUGAAGAGAAACAAAGGCCUACACGAUCUUCUUCUGAAAGUAUUUCCUCCAGACCUGGUUCUAGCAUACCCAGCUCACCUGGCCACACAAUUUAUGCAAAAGUGGACAAUGAGAUUCUUGACUACAAGGACCUGGCUGCAAUCCCCAAAGUCAAGGCCAUUUAUGACAUUGAACGGCCUGACUUGAUCACUUAUGAACCAUAUUUUGGUGCCACUUUUGAGGAUAGACAUGAACGUCAUAGUAUGGGAGAGUCUCAAUACGCAAGGAGUGACAACGGCUCGCUUGUUCAAAGUGAAAUUUCGCCAAGGACACUUUCCCCUACACCUUCCACUGAGGUCAGUAAAUCCCUUCAUGUUUAGUUCUCAGCCUUAUCUUUUUCACAGUAUUCAUUUGCUUUGUGCAAUAAUGUGACUUCAGUGGUUAGAAUUGUGACAUUUAGUCAAAAGGUUCUUACUGAAUACUGAAACAAACACUUUGCAAACAAUAACAUUUGUCGCCAGAUUUACGCUCCCCCACUUUCAAU